CCAGGGAUGCAGUAAAAUGAACGGUCACCUUUAUAGCUCAUAAUAUUUAUGUGUAGUUUCUUAAAUGAUUUGUUUUGCCAUUUUUGGUGUUGGGUGUUGAAAAUAUUUACAAAUCACAACAUGGAUUGCACAGAGGACUUAACUGCCAUCGACAUUGUGACAUUUAUCACCGACGAACUGCAGCAAAACUAUCGCAAUAGCAGUGGCCCCAAUAAAGCGAAAGUCUUUCAAGAAUUCCUCGAACGCUGGGACUCCAAAGACAAUUCAAUUGCCAAAGUGAAAGCGCUGCAAUUCGAUUUCGAGUCGGAUUUGGAUUGGUUUAAUGUCAGUCGCCCUUUGUCAAUUGCUAAUUUGCGGGGCAAAGUGGUCCUUUUGGAUUUCUUCACAUAUUGCUGCAUCAAUUGCAUGCAUGUGCUGCCCGAGCUGCGUGCGCUCGAGGAACGCUUUCCCGUCGAAGCUGGCUUCGUUGUGGUGGGCGUGCACAGUCCCAAGUUCGAGAACGAACGCACCGCAGCGAAUAUUCUAUCCGCGGCCCAGCGCUAUGGCAUCAAACAUCCUAUUGUGAAUGAUUCCAAGUCUGCUUUGUGGCGUGCACUGAGCAUUAGAUGCUGGCCAUCAUUGUUUGUCCUUAGCCCCGAUGGCUAUCCCAUGCUCUUGCUGAUGGGCGAAGGCCACGGCGAAUUUCUGCAUGACUUUGUUGGCGCUGCACUUUCGUAUUUCGACGCUCGCCAAAAGAUUGAGCAUGUGAGUUUGCCGUUACAGCUGUCGACAGAUCUGCAGCCUGCCUCUCAUCUACGUUUCCCAGCGAAAAUUGCGCGUCUGUCCAAUCGCUAUGCCAUCGCAGAUGCGGGCAACAAUCGUGUGCUUGUCGUCAGCGAAUCGGGUGUCGUAGAGCAUAAGAUUGGUGGCCUGGAGGCGGGUUUUGUCGAUGGCAAUUUGUUGGCCGCACGCUUUAACAAUCCCCAAGGUGUGACAUUUCUGGACGAGCACACACUAAUUGUGGCCGACACGGAUAAUCAUGCAUUGCGCCAAAUAUCACUGCAAAAAGGCAGUGUCGAGACUUUGGCGGGCACUGGACAACAGGGCAAUGAACGCGUUGGCGGAAAGCUAGGACAAUUGCAGCCCAUCUCAUCGCCCUGGGAUGUGGCGGUAUUUCGAACACGCGACAUGGACAUGUCCUUCCAUGUGGAUGAGCUAAAUGUACCGGAGAAAACUAUUGUGCUCAUUGCCAUGGCAGGCACACAUCAGAUUUGGGGCUAUUUUCCCGAAGGCAUCAUUUGGUGGAAGUUUAAGAAGUUUGAGCCACGCUGUUGCGUUUCGCUAAUUGGCAACGGACUAGAGGAGAAUCGCAACAAUUCGUAUCCACAGAAUGCAGCAUUUGCGCAACCUUCUGGUUUGGCCUUGUCCAAGGACUUUUUGUUUAUCGCGGAUAGCGAGAGCUCCAGCAUACGCAAGGCUUCGUUGGUCGACGGUAAAGUGAUGGCGGUGGUUGGAGGAGAUCGAAAUCCACAAAAUCUGUUUGCCUUUGGUGACGAGGAUGGGAAGCUGUACAAUGCCAAGCUGCAGCAUCCUUUGGGCGUUGCCUAUAAUCACAGCGAUCACAAGGUUUAUGUGGCCGACACAUACAAUCACAAGAUCAAGGUCAUUAAUACGGAGACGAACGUCAUUACCAGUUUGGUUAUAAAGAAUCAGGAAGACAACAGCGUGCUGAGUUUUCGUGAACCAUCGGGACUUUGCAUUGAUUCAAGUGGCAAACAAUUGCUGGUGGCUGAUACAAAUAAUCACACAAUACAUAUCAUUGAUUUGGCAACAUUGACAGCUCGUCGUUUCGUGCUGGACUUUAAUCAAUUGACAUCAUCCACCAGCGAAAUCGAUGCACCACUUGGUGCACCUCGUUCAAGUGGAUUACAGCUAUUGAAGCAGCUGCCACUAUUGAAGCAUUCGAGUAGCACGCUGCAAUUCGUCAUUAAACUGUCGCCAGAGCUUAAAUAUACCCCAGAAGCGCCGCAAAAGUGGACAGUGAAGCGCAUAAGUCCAACGUUGGAAUUGAAGCAAACAAAUGGAGUUUUAAGCGACGGCAAAUGCACGCUGCAAGUGAAGCGUUUGAAACCUGUGGAAGACAGCAAAGAUGUGCUGGCCAUUGAGUUUUCGCUGAGUUUGUGCGAUGCUCACAGUUGCCUUAUCAAGCGAUUUUCAGUGUCCAUCGAUAGUGAAGCUGCUGUGGCUGGCGAAGAUGGUGGAACACUCAAUACAGAGAUUGCCAUCACUGUGAAUCACUCCAACAUAAGUUUGUGAUUUACUGUACUGCAU